AUGGAGGAGUCUGACCGCCUGAAACAGGAAGGCAACGCGUACUUCCAGGAAAAGAAGUUUCAGCACGCGGUAGAGUCGUACUCGAAGGCCAUUGAGGCGCACAAGACGCCGACGCUGCUGUGCAACCGCGCUUUUGCCUACAUGAAGUUGGAGCUGCCCGGAGCGGCACUUUUAGACGCACAGGAGGCGAUCGAGAUCGACCCUGGCUUUGUGAAGGCCUACUACCGCAAGGCGUCCGCCCACCUGCUGCUUGGCAAGUUCAAGGAUGCGCAGAAGGAGUUCGCCGCCGUCCUUAAGCUUGUGCCGACCGAAAAGGAUGCCCAACAGAAGUAUGACCUGUGCGAAAAGGAGCUCAAGCGCAUUCGCUUCGAGAACGCUAUCAAGUCCAAGGACGGCGAGCCGGUAUCGGCUACCAUCAAGCUCGGUGCCAUUGCUGCGUCUUACAACGGGCCACGCAUCGAGAACGACACGAUCACGGUGGAGUUCGUGGAGGCGAUGCAGGAGCACUUCCGCGUUGAGAAAAAGAUAGAGCGCCGUGAUGUCGUCUUUAUGCUACUGGAGGUGUUAAAGCUGUUCAAGUCGUACCCAAAUUUUGUCACAGUUACGGUGCCAGACGACGAGGACAUAACCGUUUGCGGUGACACGCAUGGCCAGUUCUACGACCUGCUCAACAUCUUCAAACUGAAUGGCAAGCCGUCGCCAACAAACCGCUACCUCUUUAACGGCGACUUUGUCGAUCGCGGAUCGUACUCGGUGGAGAACGUGCUCACCUUGUUCGCGUACAAGCUGCUGUACCCAGAGCACGUCUUCCUCUCCCGCGGCAACCACGAGGGACUCUCAAUGAACCGCGUCUACGGUUUUGAGGGAGAGGUGCGGGCCAAGUACUCGGCCGAGGUGUUUGAUCUGUUCUCAGAGGUCUUCAACGCCCUCCCGACGGGGCAUAUCAUCAACGAUGAGGUGUUCGUCGUCCACGGCGGUCUCUACUCGCGCGACGAUGUCACCAUCGCCGACCUGCAGAAACCGAAUCGGUUCCGAGACAUCCCCGAGAACGGCCUCAUUUGUGAGAGUCUUUGGGCGGACCCACAGCCGAUGCCGGGUCGCACGCCGAGCAAGCGCGGUGUCGACUGCCCGUCUUUUGGCCCCGACGUUACGGAGAACUUUCUAAAGAACAAUAAUUUGAAGCUCGUCGUGCGCUCGCACGAGGUGAAAGAGGACGGCUACGAGGUGGACCACAACGGCAAGUGCAUCACUGUGUUCAGUGCCCCGAAUUACUGCGACCAGAUGGGCAAUAAGGGCGCUUUCAUUCGCUUCACCGGUGGCUCGAUGAAGCCUAAAUACACCACCUUUACGCACGUGUCCCACCCUGGCAAGCGGCCAAUGCAGUACGCCUGUGGCGCGGGUCUAUUUUAA